AUGGCAGAAUACCCGGAUAAACUAUAUGUAUAUGAAUCAUAUCCAAAUAAAUCAUAUCAAGAUGAAUCAUAUCCAGAUGAUUUAUAUCAGGAUGAAUCAUAUCCAAGCAAAUCAUCCCAAGAAGAGUUAGACAAAGGCGAAUCAUCUCAAGGAAAAUCAUACCCAGAUGAGUCACUAUCACAAAUAGAACCUGUAGAAUGCGAUGAAACUCCUGUAAAUACCAAGUAA